UGAGAGGGGAGAACAGGAAGUGAGAUGAGGAGAGGAAGAUGAGAGUGAGAGGGGAGAUGAGAGGAAGAGAGGGGUGCAGGAAUAGACACGAGCUAAUGUUAACAUGAUAUCACAGCAUUUAUAUAGACUCCACUUUACAAAGCUAUUUUGUGUUUGUCAUGCUUAUCUAAUGCCUUUUCACCAAUAAUUUAACAUUCACUAAUAUACAGUUUUUCCGGUUAUUUCACCUACUUCUGCUUUAAUUCAGGAUGUCUCCCCACAGAGGGGCAAAGUAUUUGGUUAAAUGAAUUACUUUAUUAUACUACACCUUGAAAAUGGUUGCCUAUACAGCACAUAACAAAAUAAAUGUAUGAGUUUCUUUUAUAGCCUGUGUUCGAUAGACAAAAACUUCAAGCCCAAGAUGGGAAGAUAAGACAAGAAGGAACUAAGGGUCACUCAGCAAUGAGGAAAUUAUUCAAAUUAACAGAUGAUACAGCAACCACAGACACACAGAGCCUAUCACCUACCCAUAUUUAAUGGGGUUAGUUUGAAGUCUAAUAAUUGGCUGAUGCACACACCUAUUUUGCAAGUCCCAGGUAGAGUACAAACUUUGAAUGAGGCUCAACAAUACACAGCUGACCAGCCAUAUCACCUCUUACUGUACUACAAACAUCCUUCCCUCCUCUGUGAAGAUGUCCAGCUCUCAAACAACCACCACUAAUGGGGAGGUGGUCAUCAACCAUGUCUACCCCUAUGGGAACGGGAUGGGGGUUGCAGGGGUCGCAUCUGCUCCUCACUGUCUGGGACAGACGGUCUCCUCAGUGCUGGGAAGUUUCCGGGCAGGGCAUCCAAAAGUGCUGGGAAUCAUACAGAUCAUGAUUGGUUUGAUAAUGCUGUUAACAGGAAUCGUGAUGACUGCAGGACCACUAGUAGACAAUAUUGGAAGAAUUAGUGGAAUAUUUGUCUGGGGAUCUAUCAUUUAUGUAGUUGCAGGCUCUCUAACUGUUGCUGCUGACAACAAACUGAACAAAUGUCUGGUAAAAGGCUCCCUUGGAAUGAAUGUUGUCGCCACGGUUACUGCUGUUAUUGGCACCAUUCUGCAUUCUUUAGACGGUGCUGGGAUCAUCUUGUACCACUACUACUGUGACUAUCCACGCUAUCCUUCAUACGACACUCCAUCCUAUAUCAACUACGAUGGAUCCUAUGUUUGUCAACGGUAUUGGGUCAGGUCCCAGGGAAUAUCAGGUGUUUUGGCUGUUUUCUCCUUGCUGGAGUUCAUAGUGUCCAUCUGUGUCUCGUCAUUCGCCUGCAGAGCUGUCUGCCUGUGCUGCCGUUCCACCCCUGAGCAAGUGUUCAUCAUUGGGAAUCAAAUACCGGUACCUCAUGGCAGCAUGACUCCAAGCAACACACCUUACCCUCCUCUGAUCAACUACGAGACUGGGAACUACCCAAAGGGUCCUGUGGGAGACGGUAUGGGUACAGGGUUUCAACAGAAUCCCCUGCCUCCUCAAUACACUGCUGUCAUCCCUUGAGAAUUGGGCCUCCGUGAAUACAUUGGUUUUUUUCUUGUUGAAAUUGUGUUCUCUAGGCCUAUUUUUCUGAUACAAGCCAGGUAACAGUUGGCACCACAUUACUGAUCUGAAUAAUUUGACAGUUAAAUAUUGAUAAUGUAUUGUAAUGCAAUGUUUCAGUAUAAUUUUUAGGUUACUAUAUGAUUGAUUUUAUAACCUCAUGUUUUUGUCAGUUCUAUCUUUCUUUAAUUGAUAUAAUUUAAUCAUAACUUCUUAUAUAAAAGUAUAGCUGAUUUAUCAACUAAAUUCAACCACUGCUAUAUGACAGAAUAUGAUGAUGCAUCAUUUUUAAUAACACACAAAUGCAUAUUUAACUUAAUGUCUUGAAACAAUAAAACUUUUUUUAGUUUAAA